GAGUAAUGCAACAAGUGCACAACAAGCGCCUAGUGAGAUGCACGCUAUAUGCAGAUGGAUGAUCGUUCUGUGAAGAAAAAUGUUGCGUUCAAUCACGGUUCGGCUGAAUGAUCUCAUCGAUGCAUAUGAAAAGACAAAAAUCCUCUUGAUACAUGUUGAGUGGAUUUGUAUGUGAAGCAGGGGUGCUAUAACAAUAAAAUAAUAACAAUGAUAUUAAGUGCUACCGAUCGCCAUCGAUUUCCAUGUCCAGAAUUAAUGACAGGAAGAGCAAUUUUAAUAUUGGUGGAAAAUUUUAUAGCAUUUCUUUCUUACUUUUUUACUCAUCUGUAUUUACACAGGAUGAAAAAAAAAAGGAGACGUGGUAAAGGUAUUCUAGUUUUAGUUAGACCCUAUUUGCGAAAACGUUGUGUAUGGUGUUGAAGUGGUUGUGCAGCUUAGACACAAUAGCCAAUUCUGUCACAAUUUAGCUUAUUUUUUCAGAUUAUCAGAUUACGUUUGAGUCAUCGUUAGGGGCAUGCUACAGCGCUACUAAUAAGCGCCACUUGCUAGGUGUGGUGAUCAAUGCAAAGUUGCACGUUUUUUUUUGCAUUUUGGUGCUUUUGUAAAACAUGUUCGAGCAUGUGACCAUCGGCUUUUGCGUCGAAUCUAUAUGGAAGAAGAAGAUAAAAUGCCGGUAGUGUGAAAUGCACCAGGGUUAUUUGUUAAACCAGCAUAGUUGGAUGAAAAAAAUGAUGCAGCAAACAGUAAAUGGAACUGAUGGUAUCAUUUUACAUCGUACGAGAGCCGAUUGGAAAAAUGGUUGACGAUAGUUAUAGGCCUAUGGGUCGAAGUUUGUUAAGGUCUUUUAUUGAAGAAUUAUAUCGCCAUACAACACAAAACAUGGAAUCCGUACAAACAUGGAAAGGACUUAUUUUGUCCGUCAAUAUUAUACGUAUCGGGUAACGAUCGAUAAGCUGGGUACCGUUACGUGUAAAUCCUACCGACGUCAUGCACGGUUCCGUCGUCGGGCACACUGUUCCAAAUGAUUAGUAAAUUAACUGGCAGAUCAACGUCGGUUGGCAGCUUUUGGAAACGCGAUUAAAAAUAACUUUGCUUUUUUUUGGCAUCUGUUUUGAUACCUUAUGAUUUGUACGAUUAUUGAUAAACCAUUGAAGUUACCAUGAACCCACAUUGAGCAGUUCAUCUUCGUCUGCUUUUCGAACACCGCAAACUCCAUCCUUCUCUGAAUCUCAAACUUUUGGAACAACGCUUUGCUACAGGGAUUGUGUCACUAAGCCACCGGCCCGGGAAGCGUAUUUCUAUUGUAUAUGAAAAUGACGUCGCAAUGAACGUUUCAGUAUGGAUAAAAGUUUAAAGUGGUGUAUCCUCUCAUCUAUCCGUAAUCGAAUUAGGAUUCGAAUUAUUUUUUCUUGUCACACGUUUACUACCAACAAUGUUCAUUAGCUUGUUUGAAAGUGAUGCACGUGCGCCUCUGGUUGGUCGAAUUAUAAUGAGAAUCAUUUAAUUGAUCACGAUUUAGAGAUGAACUGAUGAUGCUUGAACGAUAUACGCCUGUGUAUUGAAUAUUAGCUGCAUCUGGAAAGAUCGCCGCUAAGCUUGAAUUGCGACUGAACGAACGCAUGGUUCGCACAUGAGGAAUGAUCCGAAUAGUAGAAGCAGAAUAAUCCAACGAAUGGAAAAAGUCGUGUUUUGUUUAUUUUCAAAUUUACUACACAAGGAUGAUCAGAAGGUGCUAAUAAUAAGGUACGAGGCGUAUUCGGAAAUAUUGUAAACAUCAACACCAUCUCCUAGUAAUUCAAUGCGUACAUCUCACCACUAUAGGCGCAAUCGCGGCAAGUGUUAGCAGAAAGAAGCUGCCGCUCGUUGUUGUACGCUUCACAACCAUCAAUAGAGCUUAUCAAUCAGAACACAAGCAGCGGCUGCUAUACCGACACAUGCAAUAUGUAAACAGUGCAAACCGCCGUCAACACCAACACUGUUGUUUCAUUCGGCCGUUUCCAUACAACAUGCGAGAUCGCUCAAUGAUUCCAACAGUCUAAUCGUGCCGCGCACUCGAAAUACUACGGUUCGGAAAGGCUUCGCGGUGCCGCGCGCAUCGAUUGUUUCUUUACUGUGGAAGGAUAUCUGUUUUAUUACUGCGUCGAUAGUAAGAAAACACAUUCCAUUUCACUGCGAGGAAGAAAGGUCUCAACGCUUAAGUAGUGGAUGUCGUGUACAUAAUAUUCAGCAUCCUAGAAUUGCGAUGUGCCAAGAAGAGUUAGUCAUGUGAUUAAAUGUGUCAUUUGUGAUUAUAUCCGAUAGAACGAUAAUGUGAAGUGUGAUUGACGAUUGCUGUGCUAAAUUAACGUGACUUACCAGUUGGCUAUAACGAAUAUAAGUAUGUUUGAGAUACUUGGUUAGAAGCGAUACGCUUUGGCAUCCUGGCGAAAAAGAAAACAAACAACAGUUUUGAUAGUAAUAACAGUUAAACAAAUCUACAACACAACUAAACAGUGCAGAAAGAGCGCGAUCAGAAUGGUUGCGAAAACACCGGAAGGAAUAUCUUUAGAAAACCUUAGCAAACAACGGGCAUCGGUGUAUAUUGAUCCAGAAUGUGAUUUGUACUUAGAGCUUCAAUAUUUACAAUCUGCAAAACUUACUAAAUGUACCUGUUUCAACAUACAGCUAUUAACAGCGAAAGGAAAAAAGCCGAACUUGAAGUCGUUCCAAGAUGUGCAGUCACUCAUACAGCAGGGGAAAAAGCGAGAAGCAAAGAUAGUGUUAAGAGAAAACUCAUGGCCCACCAAUUCACCGAUUCGUUCGCAGUUAUGGCCCGCUUUAUGUGCCCAGCAUCACGUCGGCAAAACGAUGCUGGACGGGUUCUACUGGGAUAUGGUGAACCAGGUUUUUGGUACAACCGAACUGCCCGAGAAACCUAUAAUGCUCCCGCCGUUCGUAGAUUCAACGCACUGUCUGCCCUAUCACCUAACGCGGAAAGGUCGUGCGGUGGCUGAUCGGGUAGUUAGUGUGCUUGGUUACGCUUGUCCAGAUAUCACUUACAGCCCAACGCUCUACCCUAUUACUUCCAUUUUGCUGCACUUUAUGUCCGAGGAAGAAUGCUACCACUGUAUGGCCAGCCUAGUGGCUCCUAAGGAAAAAGUUUUUAUUACUCAAACGAAGUUACUGUACGAAGUCACCUGGAAGACUGUGAUGCAAAUUGCCAAAAAACAUGCGAAAUCCGCUGUUAAUUAUCUAGCAACAAUGUGCAACGGACAGAAGCCGGAAUCAAUCUUCAUGGAUUGGUGCUGGUGGAUACUUGGGGGAUUACCUUUUCCACAUCUCGUACGGGUGAUGGAUUGCUUUUUCCAUGAGGGUAUCAAGGUGUUCUACCGCGUAUCGUUGGCUAUAUUAAUACUGUUCCACAAACACGUUACCGCCAGCAAUUCCGAUUGGGACGCGGAUGCGAUAAAAAAUGACAUCGAUAAUGCCCUUCCAAAGUUCUGCAAAAACAUACCAGUCUCGCCAGCGAAGCUACUACGGACGGCUUUUAGUAUAAGGGCGCUUAGUUCUACGUACAUAUCUAGGGUUUUUUUGAAGACUGAAAUGCUACUAAAAAGUAAGUCAGUACUAAGUGGGCCAAAACAGAUGGUAAGAUCACGUUCUAGCGAUAAUUUACCAACGAGUCAAUCCCAGAUCAACGUACAAAUGAUGUCUCACACCUUAACGAUUCGUGAGGGGGCUCAUUCUCCUGAUGUACGAGUGUUGUCCAUGGGAGUGUUUCCAAUUCAAGCAAUAAAAAGCAAAAUUUGUGAUCAGGACAGUCUGUUUACGCUCUGGUCCUGGCUGCCAGUAAGAAUAACAAUGUAUCAGCCCGUUCUAUUGUACACUACUGAGGAACAUGGAUGUUCAUUGACAACUUUUUACGUUCGGGUGGAACAACAUGAACCAACACUGCUAAUGAUUAAAACGUGUAACAACGAAGUGUUCGGUGCUUACUGUUCGUCGCGCUGGUUUGAGCGUAAUUUAAAGGAUGAUCGUGGACAGCGCCAGGCUUACUUUGGCACGGGAGAGACGUUUCUUUUUUCGCUGUACCCCGAACGCGCCAAAUAUCCUUGGGUUGGAAUGGAGGGGGAUACAGGUUUGGGGCAUGCGUCAGAACUCUUCAUGGCUGCUGAUUCGAAGAUGAUUACCAUCGGCGGCGGAGAGGGACAGGCUAUCUGGAUGGACGAAAACAUUCGCUUUGGCAAAACGGACCGCUGCCAAACAUUCAACAACCCACCGCUUUGCGCCUCGGGCGAUUUUGAGAUACGAGUCUUGGAGGUGUACGGAUUUGUAGGAGCGUGAAUGAAUAACCUCUUAAAAUGUGUAUAUUGAUGGAACGUGCGUUUAAUUCACAUUCAAAAGUCCGUAUUAGUGUAGCCUGUAUUGAAGCUGAAACCAAAACUCGAUUUGCUGGUAGAUCUCGUUGAUUUCAUCAUUGUGUUCUUUAACUCUCACGGAAUGUGAGCAAAAUAUAGAAGUAAAUGUUUGGCAGAUAUGAACAUUUCAGCAUAUUGAUCAAUCUAUGCAGCUAUGCCCGAAGAAACAAAGCAAAACAAAACAAAAAAAAACGCAUUGUUAUCGGUGUAAUUUUGCCAUUUUCAAACAAUACUCGGAAUAUUUGCAAACCACCUCUAGAUUGCAUACAUUCACUGCAAGUGAUUGCGUACUUCGUAUUUCAUCCUCAGCGCGAUGGUUUGAUAGGACAAGGGCGAUGGCGAACAAAUAUAAGAGUUAUAUAUGAAUAAUGUUUGUUUAGAUUGACUGCCUAGCUGAAGCAGAAGAAGAUGGGAGAAGAUGACGAUGAAGGAAACUAUGCUAAGCGAUUGUGUAUUGUUGAUUGAAAAUUGACUUGAAAACAUCUCCCCCUCAAAACUGUGCAGGCGCUAUCGGUGGAGACUGUAUUUUCAUAUCGAUUUCAAGAUGUUUAUUUAAAUAUCCGCAUGUAAAAGAUUGUACGAACUGAGUUAUGUGUUUUCUACGUUACCCAUUACCGUGUUUUCUUUUCUGUUUGUUACUGAACCUAGAUGCUUGCCUGUUGUACAUAUUUUCAAGACGUUUGUUGCGUUUGUAAAAUGUCUAAAUAAUCGCAUAUAUUUAAAUAACAUGUGGCCUGCGGCACAUGAGAGAGAGACACGAACAAAGCAUUUCAUAGAACAACGAAGUAACGAACUGUGUGUAGCUUAUAACAUACUUACAUAUUCAUAACAUAUAAAAGUAUUUCACGGAUUAUGGGCCCUUUUCAUUCAUGCUUCUGACUGUUGUCGUGUAUCUCUAUUCUUUGUCUUAUUGGCUUACCAUGCAACACUUUCGAAUGUUUAUGAGCAAAAUAGUCAAAAGUAAUGUUUCUUAGACCGAUUCGAAAUCGUGUAUGGCAACUGUUUUGCAUAGCACUGUACUUACUACCUUGGCUGGUUGUUGCGAUUGUCGGUUCCAUAGCAAUGCACGUUAUGGCCUUUUCCGGCCCAUUUCAACUCUGGUAAAAGUAGCAGCUGUCGGAAUGAAAUGUGCGUGCCAAUCAUGCAUUGAAUGUUUUAUGCACGUGUCACAUAUUUAUGCUUAAAGCCAAUCAUUUCCAUUGAAUCGGUAAUAAACAAAAAGUGCAAACCAUCGAUAGCUUCAUUGAGCUGCUUAACAUCAAAGAGGAGUGUCAGCUUCAUUUUAUCAUCGACAGAGCAAAGGAAUUACAUUCCAAUUGGACAAAACAAUCACAACAUCGCAAUAUGAUUAUCAUCAACGACCUCAAUCCGAUUGUUUCCAUUGCAAUCUUGUGUUACCUCCUACAAUGUGUUGGCACACGCGAGAGAGCUUGUGCGUUUUCCUCCAGCUGUGUGUUCAAUUAAUGACUAUUUUAACCCCAAAAUUUAAUAAUAAUAAUAGUGAAUCAAGGAAUAAAUGAUGCAUCGAAUAGAACAUUGUUGGAUUUUUUGUUUUACUAAGGGCAAUAUUUAAAAGCAAAACUGUUCAAAAUAGUUUAGUUUAGCUUCGUCCCUCGUUGUAUGAAAGUAUCCAUAUUUGAACCAUUGAAAAGAGAAUAUAAUAAAAGAAAGUAAUUUAUUGUAGCGUACAUUUGUGUAAAUGUUCUAUCGAAACAUAUGUCGGCAGUAUAAAAUCUGAUACAGACAAAACAAUGUGAAAAACGAAUAAAAGGAGCAAUGAAUUAGCGAUAACAUGAUACAAACCAAAUUUAAAAAAUGAAGAAGUGUACCUAUUAUGUUGGACAUUAUUUAAAAAUAACUCAACGUUUGCUGUGUGCUUGACAAAUUCCUAAUAUAAUCCAUGUCCAUAAAUAGCAGGCUAUAUACACAUAUAUUGAAAUGGAACAAUAAACAAGUCUAAACAAUAUAAUUACCUACA